AUGAGCCCAAUAACACACGCGCUUAGAAAAGCCACAGUGGCUGCACCGCUUGCACGACCAGCCACAGCCACAGCCACAACUACUGCCAGACAAAUACACCGCACAGCACCCCUCUUGAAAGCCCUAGACAACAAAGCAACGUCGUCAUGGCCAGAAGGCAGCUCAUCACGUCCACACACCGAGUACAAGCCAGUUGAAGGUCGUGAAGGCAAGACGGCCAGACUGAUAUUCCGCAUAAAGCCAUCAGAUAUCCCGAUGGAACUGCUGCCUCUGUUUGCGGCUGUUGGCUUCGCUGUCGUUGGCGCAUCGGCGUACGGCGUUUAUGCGCUCUGGAAUGACAAGACACUGCGUGUGCACAGACACGGCGAGCGUAAGUAG